GACCGCGCUCCCGCGUGGCGGUACCAUCAUCUUCAUCACCUUCAUCAUCUUCUUCAUCAUCAUGGGGGACGCGCUGGAGGAGCCGUGGUGGGAGGCUGGGGCCUGCAGCAGCCCAGAUCCUUCAGAUGAUGAAGCAAUUGAGAAACCAAGUGAUAAGGCAGCAAUCCAUCAAGAUCCAGAUUCCAAACCUGCUGUGAAAAAGAAAAGAAAACAGCCUACAGAGUGUUUUCUGAGUCAACCUGAAGAAAAACAAGAGAGCGCUGUAAAAGCAAAGAAGAGAAAGAAGAAGAAAAUAUCUGAUGUUCUGGAAAAAUCCUCUCCAAAACCUGGUGUCCCUGAGGAUCUACAGAAUCUGCUUAGUCAACAUUUUGGUGCAAAACGUUCAGUGAUUGAAAUAGAGGAAUUAAAGCUGUCAGAUUCCUGCUUCUUGCCAGCCAAUGAUCUCACCCACAGUUUUUCUUCAUACCUGAAAGAGAUCUGUCCUAAGUGGGCAAAACUCCGUAAAAACCACAAGGAGAAGAAGUCAGUGGUGAUGCUGGUUAUCUGCAGUUCUGCCCUUCGUUCCUUGGAACUCAUCAAGUCAAUGACAGCAUUUAAAGGAGACUGCAGAGUUCUGAAACUGUUUGCAAAGCACAUAAAGAUAAAAGAACAGAUUAAUAUGUUGGAGAAAGGUGUGUUCCACAUUGGGGUUGGAACUCCUGGGAGGAUAAAAGCGCUGGUGGAGCAAGAUGGCCUGUGCUUGAACUCCACAAAAUAUAUGAUUCUGGAUUGGAACUGGAGAGAUCAGAAACUAAGGAGAAUGAUGGAUAUCCCUGAGAUAAAGAAAGAAACAAUUGACCUACUGGAGAUGAGUAUUAUAAAGCUAUGCAGAGAAGGGUCUGUGAAGCUGGGACUCUUUUAAUGGCUUUACCUACAAGGACGUCGUUUACAGCUGCUUUUUACUUCUAUCCUGUCUGCAACUGGCAAGUGAUUAACAGUGAUCGAAUUAGGAAUAUUGACUUUUCUGAGGUCAAUCAAUACAGAAAGAAUGCACAGUGCAACUUUUUCUGAUGUUCUUUUUCUUUUAAUAAUAAAAACAGAAGUUUUAUUUGUGGUUUUAGUAUGACUUAUUGCCCAAGCAAUGUGAUACUGAAAUUAGUUUGCCUUCACCUGCAAAAUUUACUAUUAUAUGUCACUUUCAAGACUGGAAGAUGAGCGAAUCUAGGUGUGAAAGCCUUUGUACGUGUCAGUUAUCUCUUUCUGCUGUCCCAAAGGAAACCUUUACUUCUCUCACUGGAGUGGUAAGCUAGUUCUUGCUUUAGAGGAUCUUUGAAAAUGUUGUAUGAAUGUUAGUAAUUUGUCAAAAAAGUAUUUUUCUCCCAUCUGAUCUACAGCUGGCUAAAUGCUAUUUUAUGCUAUUACAUGAUACAUUAUGUUUAAAAUUUCAGUAUAUUAAAUUGAGACUUUAUUGUGGUUAAA